AACAGCUGCAGGUUCACAAUGAUAAAUAACACGCGGAGCUUCCGUUGAAAUCAUUCGCUUAACAUCAUUGCUUAACACUGCUUUGCUCUAUUAAAAUUAUUGAUUUAUUGUGUAACUUACUAUGGGACAGGAAAAUUUCUGGCUGCUGCUAAUGGGAUUUUCUCUAAUUGCGAGCGAACCAAUUUUCAACUCCACUGAAGAAGCGUUUGCAAGUAAUUUUACAGAUUACAGUGACAUUGAGUCUAAGUUCUCCAUCAGAAGUGUUGAAUUUCCAGACGAGGAUCUUUGCUAUCUUGUCCCGGGACAACAGGACUCCAUUUCAGACUGUAACUUCAAAAAUGAUUCACAAACCUUCCUUAUUAUCCACGGAUGGUCGGUUGCGGGUCUGUUUGAGAGCUGGGUUUAUAAGCUGGUGACGGCUCUGUAUGAUCGUGAACCCAGCGCUAAUGUCAUUGUUGUGGACUGGCUGGAUCGGGCCAACAAACACUACCCCAAAUCAGCAGAAAACACCAGGCUAGUGGGGGCCGACGUUGCCAAGUUUGUCAACUGGCUGGAGGAGUUGGAUUAUCCGCUGGAGAAAGUGCAUCUUUUAGGCUACAGUCUCGGUGCGCAUGUCGCAGGAGUCGCAGGAAACCUCACCAACAACAAAGUCCACAGAAUUACAGGUCUGGAUCCGGCGGGCCCCAGUUUUGAGAAUGCAGACAUUCUGCGGCGUCUGUCUCCUGACGAUGCCUCGUUUGUGGACGUUUUGCACACAAACACCAGAGGCUCUCCCGACCUCAGCAUCGGCAUCCAGAGACCUGUGGGGCACGUGGACAUUUACCCCAAUGGAGGAACUUUCCAGCCUGGCUGCAGCAUUCAGCACACAAUGAAGCUCAUCGCCACAUGCGGCAUAUACAAUAUGGACCAGAUCGUGAAAUGUUCUCACGAGCGCUCCAUCCACCUGUUCAUCGACUCUCUUGUGAAUCAGGCGUAUCAGAGCUGGGCGUUUCGCUGCGCCUCCAGAGACUCCUUUAAUAAAGGCCUGUGUCUGAGCUGCAGGAAAAACCGCUGCAACACACUGGGAUACAACGUCAAGAAGAUCCGCAGCACCAGAAGCACCAAGAUGUACCUCAAAACCCGCGAGAUGAUGCCCUUUAAAGUGUUUCAUUACCAGAUUAAAAUGCAUAUGUUUAGUGAUAAAAACAUGACUUUGCUGGAGCAGCCGAUGAAAGUGUCUCUAUUCGGGACAAUCGAUGAGAGGAAUGACAUCUCUGUCAUUGUGCCCAGCAUGAGCACCAACAGCACCGUCUCCUUCCUGGUGACGUCAGACCGAGACAUUGGAGAUCUGCUGAUGCUGAAGCUGCACUGGGAGAAAGACUCGUAUCUCUACAGCUUCUUCAGCAGUAAUCAGUUCACCAUCCGCAGAAUGAGGAUCAAAUCUGGAGAAACGCAGGCCAAAGUAAUCUUCCGAGCCAAAGAGACAGAGUUUGCUUCUCUGGUUCAGGGUGGAGAUCCAGUGGUGUUUGUGAAGUCCAGUGAAACUCCACAGAGCAGGAGAGAAGAGAGGAAGCACCGACUGAAACAUCACGGCAGCUUCUUCAAACAGGGCAUCAAUGAAGCCACAGCAGAUCUGAGGAAACCGCCAGCAGCGCUACACAACAAUCAAUCAACAGAGACGACAACAACAGCUAACACAAGUCAGGUCAACACAGAACACUGGACUGGGAUUUAAUGUACAGAUGUGGACUAAAUUGUUGGUGCCAUUUUAUUGAGUGAAGUUUAUUCAUAAAAAAAAUUCGAGAGGAGCACACACUUAUGGUCCUCAUUAGCUAACGCAUGAUCCACCAAUCAGACGAUUCCUAAAUCACCCUAAAUAAUCAGAGUAUCUAACCUUCGCCAUGUCACUGGCUCAAAUUUUACCUAGCUAGGUCGGCAUUUCUGUGUGUUUGCAUGUUUUCCCCGUCUUUGUGUGGGUUUUCCCGGGCUCUCCGGUUUCCUUCCACAGACCAAAAACAUGUAGCAUAAGCAAAUUGACUAAACUAAAUCACUAACAAGCACUUAAUGCAGCACACACUCUCCAUAGAUAAUUCAAAAUUUGCAUUUACCAUCAUCAAGCAGGGGAGUUCUCGAGACCUACCUGAGCUCAGACUCCCCUCUCACCCUGCAACGGGAGGGAGCCCCAGGCUCGAGGAUCUCAUAAGCUCAGGGCUCUCUCCCAGGACAGCAUGCCAGACACGCUUUAUAAUUAAUCAUCAGCUAAGAGGGAACUCUUGAAAGAAAAAAAAUGAAGUGUGUGUGUGUAUCAUUGCAUUUUUGUAAGAAAUCAAGAGUGCGUGUGUGUGUGUGUGUGUGUGUGUGUGUGUGUGUGUGUGUGUGUGUGUGUGUGUGUGUGUUAAUCUUCUAUCUUUCUCAUCUGUUUUUCUCAUCUGCCUGCGCUACAUUGAGCAGUUAGUGCUAUUUUUAUUCUCUGGACUUUAUAUUUGACUAUAUUUUGCACUUUGGUCAGCUCCUGCUGUUUUAAAAGUGCUUUAUGAAGAUGAAAUGAAAUAACCCCAACUAAACUAUACUAAACAGUGAAGUGGUCACUAAAAUAACUUGAAAUUUAAAAAAGUAAUGAUUAAUUAAAGACUACUAUUACACCCAAAGUCUUAAGGAAACCAACAUGGGCAUAAUAAACUGAAAAACCAAUGUGUUGGGGUGGUGGAUUUCCCAAAACAAAACAAAAACUUAAUGCAAAAGAUCCCCUUCGGUCGACAAUCAAACUUAGACACUCAUUUGAGAGUAAUUGAUUAGAUUUAUUAUAGAAAAAUAGUCAUUUUAAAUGAGCAUCUCUUCGCGGUGGCCACAGGGCAAAAUAACAAACACAAGAAUCUAUAAGUAAAAGAGCUUAAUUUCCUUUAAAUAAUUAAAGAAAAAUACGGGAAGCUUACCUUUCUCCCUAAACAUAAACACAGUCAAAAGUAAUCCAAUAAAUAGGUAAGCCACCCCUACAAGCUCAAACUCUCAAAAAAAUGGUACAAGAUUAAAUGUUGGCCAUUGGCCGGAGGGGUAAGGGAAAUCCAGCAGCUCCAAUCCCAGCAACCGGCGCACCACAAAUGAGCUCCACGAACCCUGCCGGAAGUUCCUUUUUAUAGGUCUCCGCUACCAGCAGCCAAUCAGAGCACGAAUCACGUUAGAAUGGGAGCCUGUGGAAAAACAAAAAACAACACAAGAAGGCGGGACAAAGAAAAAGACACAUGCAACACGCAAUAAAAAAUAAAUAAACAAACUUUAGUCGUAACACUCCUGAUAAUAAAAUGCAAAUCAGAUUUUUCUCGUGAAUUGUGGUUGAACAGAAGCAAUAAAAAGGCAAACUAAUAAAACUGGCCUGAACACACUUGAAGGAGACCAACAGUUUUGUCCACUUCUGUGUGCUCUUAGCAUUGAAUGUUUUUAUCUUGAUGUAUUUUGGUUUACUUGUGAAUUCCACAAACUUCCAGCUUGCAUUUAAUCCCCCCCAAAAAUCAAAAGAAAAGAGAAAUCUUGUGUAAGGCAUUCAGAUUUUCUUUACCCUCACUGUGAUUCACGUUCUGUGAUACUCUCAUUUCUGCUUUAUUCGUUAAAGUAUAAACUCUUUUUGUUUCAUUCAAUAGUAAAAUGUUAAAUUUUUA